UUUUUUUUUUUAUUUUUUUAUUCCCUUCUUUUGAUAUUAUCCUUCUCCUCCUUUUCUCUCUCUCUCUCUCUCUCUUCUUUUUCUUUUUUUAAUAUUUAUACAGUAUAAAAAAUAAAUAUAAAUUAUUAAAUUAACAACAACAUGUCAUCAAUGCAGUUACCUCCUGGUAAUGAUUUUAAAGCUACUUGGGCUUUUUUAGAAGAAGGCCUUGAUCAAAUCAUGUGUCGUUUUGAGGAAGGUUUAGAUCGAACACGUUAUUCUAUUCUUUAUAGUGCUGUGCAUAAUUAUUGUGCUCGAAGUGAUUCUAACAUGCAAACCUCUACUUCAAUUGCUAGUGGACCUAAUACUCGAAGACCUGCACCUGCACCUCCUUUAAUUGGUGGAGAAGUUUAUCUUAAUCUUUGUCAUUAUCUUGAAGCUCAUCUUGGAAAGAUUAGAAAGGAAUCUGAACAGUACAUGGACGAAUCACUAUUACAAUAUUAUACUAAACAAUGGACAAGAUAUACUGCUGCUGCACGCGUUGUCAAUAAUAUUUUUAUGUAUUUAAAUCGUUAUUGGGUUAAGCGUGAGAUUGAUGAAGACAGGAAAAGUGAUGUAUAUGAUGUAUUCACUCUAACACUCGUUAGUUGGAAGAAAUAUAUGUUUGAAUAUACGCAUCAUAAUAUCAUUGCUGCUGUAUUAAAGUUAAUUACUAAACAACGAAAUGGGGAAGUAAUCGAAACAGGUCUUAUUAAAAAUGUUGUAGAUUCAUUAGUUUCUCUUGGACUUGAUCAUAACGAUUCAUCAAAAUCAAAUUUGGAUGUUUAUAAAGAUUAUUUCGAAAAGGCUUUCCUUGAAGCAACUGAAGUGUAUUACAAGACAGAAUCUGAAAAAUUCAUUAGCGAAAAUAGUAUUCCUGAAUACAUGAAGAAGGCAGAGGGCCGAUUGAAUGAGGAAGAGAGUCGUGUUCAAAUGUAUCUUCAUCCUACGACCCAUAAAACUCUAAUUCCUAUUUGUGAAACUGUUCUUGUCAAAAAUCAAGAAGAAAGCCUUUGGGAUGGUUUCCAAAGUUUGCUUAAUGCAGAUAAACAAGAUGACCUUCAUCGUAUGUAUAUGCUUUUAGCUCGUAUUCCGGAUGGUUUAAAUCCAUUAAGAGUUAACUUUGAAGCACAUGUGAAGAAAGCAGGUCUUAGUGCGAUUGAACGUAUUUCACAAAAUGAAUCCGAGGCUAUCGAUCCUAAGAGUUAUGUGGAUACACUUUUAGAAGUACAUAAGAAAUACAAUGAUCUUGUUCAAACUGCAUUUAAUGGGGAAGCUGGAUUUGUCGCUGCUCUUGAUAAAGCAUGUGGCGAAUUCGUAAACCGUAAUAAGGUAUGUAAAUCUUCUUCUAGUAAAUCACCCGAAUUACUGGCUCGUUUCUGUGAUCAACUUCUCAAGAAGAGUGCUAAAAAUCCUGAAGAAGAUGAAUUGGAGGAUGUUUUAAAUGAUGUUAUGACUGUAUUCAAAUAUGUAGAGGAUAAGGAUGUAUUCCAGAAAUUCUAUAGUAAGAUGUUAGCUAAACGUUUAGUGAAUGGUACUUCUGCUUCUGAUGAUGCUGAAGGUUCCAUGAUCUCUAAAUUGAAAGAAGCUUGUGGUUUCGAAUAUACCUCUAAACUUCAACGUAUGUUAACUGAUAUGUCACUUAGUAAAGAGUUAAAUGAUCAAUUUAAGGAUUUAAUUCAACAAAACCCUGAAGGUUCCUCAGGAGUUGAUUUCAAUAUUCUUGUACUUGGUACUGGUUCCUGGCCACUUUCAACUCCUUCUACAUCAUUUAAUCUUCCUGAUGAUGUUGUAAAGAUCUAUGACCGCUUUCAAAAAUUCUAUCAGAAUAAGCAUUCAGGCCGUAAACUGAAUUGGUUAUUCCAGCUUUCAAAGGCUGAACUUAAAACACAUUAUCUUAAGGGAAGUAAAGUCGGCUAUACAUUCAUGGUGUCUGCUUACCAAAUGGGUAUUUUACUUCAAUUCAAUACAACUGAUAGUUGUACAUAUAAAGAGUUACAAAAGAGCACUGCUUUAUCUCCUGAAGCCUUAAAUCCAGCACUUGGUAUUCUCGUAAAGGCUAAAGUUCUUUUAUUACGUGAUGCAGACAAUGUGGGUGAUGCAGAUUCACGUUAUGUGUUGAAUCAUGAAUUUAAGAGUAAAAAAAUUCGUAUCAACCUGAAUAUGCAAAUGAAGACAGAACAAAAGGCAGAAGCAGAUGAAACACAUAAAACAAUUGAAGAAGAUAGAAUGUUUGUUAUGCAAGCAGCUAUUGUAAGAAUCAUGAAGACACGUAAAGUGAUGAAACACGUAGCUCUUAUAGAAGAAGUGAUUACUCAAUUACAAUCAAGAUUUAAACCUCGUGUGCCUGCUAUCAAGAAGUGUAUUGAUGUUUUAUUGGAGAAAGAAUAUAUUGAACGUGUUGAAAAUCAAAAAGACAUGUACAGCUAUGUAGCAUAAUUAAAAUUAUCCCCCCAAACUACCCUACCC